AUGGGCACCGAGUGCGAGCCGAGUCCGUCGACCAGCUUGGACCGGACGUCGUCAAUUAAUGAGAAGGAGAACGACGUCUCCAAGGCUGAUUCUGUCGAUAGCAAAUCGUCAAAGGGUCGUGUUUCUGCAACAAGCACGCGACGCCUCAUCCGAGUACCGUGCGUCCCGAAUGCCGAGACCUCGUUUACGAUCCAGGGCGGAGCCGCGCUAGCCAGGCUAAUCACGGUGGACAUGGUGCGGCAAAGCGACCUUGUCGGGCUGCUGAAUCCUGGCGACGUCAUAUUAACGAUUGACGAGAUACCGGUUUCCGGGAUGCUGCGAUCGACAGCGCAGGCCCUCCUCGAAGCGCAAUCCGUCCAAAAGGAUCAGUUGGCCAUUGAAGUGCUUCCAAAAGAUGCAAUCCCGGAUGAUUUGUGCUUGAUUCUGUCAGAGAAGGAAUACCCCGAGCUUCAGACGGUGAUACGAGACAAUGUCUACGCACGCACUGUUCCAUUCACGACCCGUGAUGCGCGGGAUGGUGAGAUCGACGGUGAGCACUAUCGCUUCGUCACGGUCGAACAUUUCAACGAGCUGAAGGACGGGGGUCACUUGCUGGAGCACGGCACCUAUCAGGGCCAUCUGUACGGGACCCCGCGACCGACGGAGAUGGUAUCGGGCCCAUCCAAGGGCCCUCUGCCCCCAAAUUGGGAGAUCGCCUACGAUGAUCAAGGGGAAAAGUACUUUAUCGAG